ACAACAUGUAGCCACUUUUGAAAAGCACGCGCUGAAGUAUAACGUAACUGAAUGGGGAGAAAAACUCAAAGGUCAUGGUAGAUGUCGCUAGCAUCGAGUUGGUUUUAUUGUUUUGUCUUGACAUUUGUGAGAGUUUGUGUACGCUGUUUUCGAGUAUUUAAAAGUCUAUAAUGUAUUCCUUUUGGACUGUUCUACAAUUAAAAGAGGAGUUACGUAAAAGAAAUGCAUCUGUCGCAGGGAAAAAAGCAGUAUUGAUUGAGCGAUUAGAAGCAUAUGAUCGAAAUUUUAAUUUUAGUGCUAACCCAGGGCCUAGUACUUCCCUCAGUGACCCACAAUAUCUGUGUCCACCAAUAUCUGCUUACAAAGAUAUAAAUGCAGAUUCGCCUAUUCCUCCUCUCAAUAGACAAGAAAUACAAUCGUUCUUCGAAAGAUUUAACACUCGUCCAAAAGGGAAGGUCAUGUAUGAAGCAAGAUGUUUGUUGACGGCACGAUAUGUUAUUGAAGGUGUUAACACAUAUAUACAGAGCCAAUGCAAAGCGCAGAUGAAAAAAAUGAUAUACAUAGUGAAUGUAAUGCUAAAUAAUGAAGGCAACAUUAUACAAUCCCACUGUGAACGUGCAGCAGGCAGUGGUAUUGAAGCACACUGCAAACAUGUGUCUGUGCUACUUCGUGCAAUAGAGGAUAUGAUCCAGACUAAAAGUAUUAUCCUGCAUCAGGUAUCAACACAAACCCUGAUGACUUUUAAAAAACCUUCAAAGGUGUUUUACAAAUCACCAAUCCAAGCUCAAAACUUGCCAUCUAUCAGCAAAAAAAGGAAAUCAAAUAUUAACUUUGAACCAUUGCCAAAGGAACUUGAGAUUGAAAAUUACCAUGAAUACGUAUGUAAUUUAGCUAUUAAUUUUGGAGAAACAAAAAUGCCUAUUUUGCAACUUAUCAGGCCAGCUAAUCCCUAUGGCAUGGACUAUGAUCAUAAUAUGUAUUCAUGUAAGACAAUGCAAGAUCAUUUACUUGAUAAUUUAUUAUUGCAAAAUGUGACACAAAAAAAAAUUAUGAAGUAGAAAAAUUAACAAGGGCUCAAGAUAAAUGUGCUGAAUGGCAUAAGUGGAGGUCAUAUAGGGUAACUGCAAGCAUGUAUUAUGCAAUUUGCCAUGUGCAAAGUGGGAAGAAACAAUUACUGGAAAAAAUAUUGAACCCUAAAAAAAUUUUAUCUUUUUUUUUUUUAUUUUACAUAUUUGUUAAAAACUUACACAGCAUAUUCUUCUAACUAAUGCAAUCAUAAACUCAGUGAGUUUUUCCGUGCAUCAUUAUCACUAUCAUUGACAGUAAUAUAUUUUUAUAAUUGUUGUGUACAAGGUAGAUUACAAUAAUUUAAAUAAUAUGAUAUUGUGUAUCACCUACUGAGCCGGCCGUCGCACUGCGUAUCGUUAAAAAGUAUAUAAUGCGGCGGUAGAUGUUAAUUACAAGUUGAAAUAGAGGCUGUUCCUAAGAUUUUUAAGUUUCUUUUACUUUAUUUUUUUUUUUUUUUUUUUUUGCUUAAUAUUGUAAGCACUUGUUUUUAAUGGGGUCUAAGUAUUU